AUGACGACCACUCAGCAAAAGGAGUUACAAAAACUCUACGGGGAUUUCGGGGGUCUUAGCGAUGAAGAGCUAGAGCGAACUAUCGCAGACUCGGAACGCAUCAUGAGAGGUCCCGCAGGGUGGCUACUCACUCAAGCAGGCUUGGAUGAAUCGACCACCAAACCCUUCGCACUAUUGGACAACGCUUGCGGAACGGGCCCCAUUGUCGCACACUUGCAAGACAAUAUCGACAAGAAUGUCCUUUCGGAGAGCAAGAUGGUUUGUGCUGACUUCAAUGCAAACCUCGUGGACAUCUUGAAAAUCCGGGCGGCAAAAUAUGGCUGGAAAAAUGUCGAGACCGCUGUCCUUGACGCUCAGAACUCGGGUUUCCCAGAGCAGACCUUCUCGUAUGUCACAAUCAAUUUCGCUUUACACAUUAUCCCAAAGCCGGAGGACGUGUUGAAAGAUACUAUGAGGAUAUUGAAGCCGGGUGGUGUGUUCGCCUUUACCACUUGGCAUCAGGAUACCAAGGGUUGGUCUACUGAUAUGAGAUCAUGUUUCGAGGCACUGCCCUUUGAGGCGCCAAUGCCAGACCCUGUACCUAUGGCAAUCAACGGAAAGCCACAAUGGACGAACCCUGAAGGCGUGGAGAAGGAAUUGAGAAGUCAUGGAUUUGAGAAUAUUCAGGUUAAGGCAAUGCCCCAUGUCGUUUAUAUCCAUGAUGCCGAGGACUACCUCAAGAGCUAUAGGAUGAUGAAGGACUGGAUGGUCAAUACAUACUGGAGCGAGGAGAGUAAGAAAAAGGCGAAAGAUAUGCUUGAUGAUCACAUCGUGAAGCAUCUUAAGGAGAAACAUAAUAACCAAGGUUGGGAUCUGGAUUGGACUGUAAUUCUGGCUACUUGUCAGAAGCCUUCUUCUUAA